AUGAUAGAUACUACAACAUUAAUAAUCUUUACGAUUGUUAUCAUUGCAAUCUAUGUCAUAAAAUCGUUACCAAAGACUAUCAAGAUGAGUGAAGAAGAUUUAAGAGAUAUAGCAGACAAGGUAGUCAUCAUCACUGGUGCAAAUGCAGGUCUUGGUAAAGAGAUUGCAAAGAAGUUUGCUGCUUUGAAUGCACAUGUUAUUUUGGCAUGUAGAACAGAAAGAAAAGCAAUUGAAGCAGUUGAGGAGAUUAAAAAAGAAAGUGGUAAUCAAAAGAUUGAAUACAUGUUGUUGGAUCUAUUGUCGUUUGAUUCGAUUGUAUCGUUUGCCAAGCGAUUCAAGGAACGUAGUCUUCCAUGUCACAUACUCAUGAACAACGCUGGUAUCAUGUGGUUGUGGGAGGACAAGGUGAACCAACCACCAAUGACACGUAUCGGUGCCGAAGAGUACAACACUCAAUUCCAAGCAAACUAUCUUGGUCAUCAUUUGUUGACUCUUUCAAUGCUCGACGUGUUGAUGACAAGUCAAUGCAACAUAUUCAACGUGUCAUCGUCGGUACACACCCUCUCAUCGAUCAAUAUUGACAAUCUCACCAAGAACCUUUCUGCCACCUUUGCCACAUACUGUCAAAGCAAGGGCUGCCAGAUUGUCUCUGCCUACGACCUCCAACGUCGUAUUGAUGCUGCCGGUCAUCUCACUAACAAGGCAACCAUCAGUUCGAUCCAUCCAGGUAUCUUUGCCAGCGAGAUUGUCGCGCUCCCCGGUCCAUUAAAGUCGCUCUAUCACCUCAUCUUCAAGUCUGCCUCUUACUGCGCCAAGUUUAUCGUCCAAGUCGCCAUUGACAAGCGAUCCAACGCCAAAGGUGGUCUCUACUUUGACCACGGUCGUGCCACCAAGUCGGCUGGACAAACCUAUGACUCUGCAUUUGGUCAACAAUUAUACACACGUUCCUUACAACUUUUGGAUACUCAUUUGAAGCAAUUUAAAAACCCUCUCACUCUUGAUGGCUCUUGGUAA